AUGACUUUCGCCCAGGUCCAAGACGGACUGCCUCUCCCAGACCAUCCCAUCUUCAAGCACACCGAGCUCAGCCCCAAGAGUCUAGAUGAGGUUCGUGCGUUCCGCGAGGGCUUUGAUGUCCAGCUUCUACGAUUCGACAUUCCGCUUCUAAAUGCAUUUCAAGCUGCCGCACCUGGAUCGAGAGUCUUCAAGACCAGGCUCAUCGAAACCCUAGCUGUAGCAAUACACCAAAUAGCUGUAAAGCUCUACAAGAACAAUCCUGAUCUAGCUCCUGGAUCCUCAUCUACUGUGCACAAGGUGCAUGCCUGGGAACCACCUAAGGACCCAGAUAGCUACUGGGACACGUGGUGGGAGUUCCACCCUCAUGGACCGCCUCCUACGCUCUUCCAUCACGCUUGGUACAUCAACCAUGAUCAUUAUCCCAACGGCGCUGCGGAUGUGGCGGGCUAUCGGGCUGAGUCCCGCAUUAUCGGGGGUGUGGUGCUCUUCGAUCGCUCAGGGUCGGACCCGGACGCUGUCUAUCUGCACCCCGACCGUGACCAGGUCACGUACAGGAUCUCAAAGCUCACAGAUGAGCAAAAGACAACCUUGGUGGACUUUCUGACAACAACAACAAAGAGGUCAGUGGACAGGGAGUCGGAAGCAGCCGCCCUGGCCGCAAAGAUUGCCCUUUCCCUAUCUUGCCGAAUGAGACCAAUUUGCACCGUGUGGACCCGGAGGAGCCUACAAGCGUAA